AUGAGCCUGGCUGCAACGGCGAUCGGUACAUUCAAACCAGCGCCUACUACAACCAGUACAUUCUUAACCGGAGACGAGCAGGCUUCCCUGCAUCCUUGUUUCUAUCCGAUAUUUAGCAUCUCAAACGUCAUUUACGGCGGAAAGAUCAUCGUAGACGUGUACCCUUUUACGCUGUUUCUCGCUUGCUCUUUCUAUAAUCUUGAGCAUUUUGCUCUCAUUUUUGGAGCUCUCAGGAACGCUGUCGACAAGUUUCAUCAACGCCAUUGGACUCCCGGAACAGCUUCUUGUCAAAUUCGCCCGCCAUUAUGCAUAGCUCACAGGGAUUGUACAAGGUUAGGAAUUGCUCCCGAGCUUUAUGGCUUUGAGAAUCUUGUGGGCGGUUGGAAAGUAAUCGUGAUGGCCUACAAGGAUGACGGCUUUGCGACGCUAUUUGGACACACAUUGGAUGGGAAGAUCAAGGCAGUUCUCGACACCUCGACACCAGGAUGCAGUGGCCCAUCAGCCCAUCUGUAA